UUGCAUUACUGCAAGAGUUUUGACAGAUCAAACAAUGAAGAAAUAGGAAUAGCAAUUGAAAUAAAAUGGUAUGUUAAUGUGUUUGGUUUGCCACAAUUAGUGCUGUAAAAAUGGCAUGUUAGAAGUUGAAGCAUUACACUCUCAGUCACAUAUGGAUGGAAACAUGUUUACAUUUUAGAAUACCAGAAAAGAAUUGUUGCCUAUGCUGAUAACAGAUAUUAUGAAGGCAGUUGUGAAUUAAAACAGCAAGACCAUAUUCAGUCUUUAUUAUAUGAUGGAGAAACAAAAAUCGGGCAACUUGUCUCUUCUCUCCAUGGUAAUGAUUAUGAAUGCAGUGAAAAGGUUGGGUGGUCUGGUCAACUUGUAAACUUAACUGCAAACUGGUUUGCUUUUAGUGAUGAAAAAAAUACAACCAAACUUGGUUUAAAUAUCAGUUUGACGUUUCAGUUUUCUUCAAAUUUACCGACAUUGUCUGGUUUCCAACUAUCCAUAGGUAAGCGCAAUGUUAAUGGAAUUACCCCUGACUGGCAUGAUGUUGUGUUCUGCUUUGAUGAUGAGGUGACAACUUCUAAUAAACAAUUGUCCACCAAAUUUUUCUACGACUGCUAUGAUUCGUUGUCUAAUAUGGUGAUUAAACCAAGGGAUAAAUUCAAAAUCAACACUUUUGUUUUUACCUCACAAAGUGAUUAUGACAUCAGCGAGCUAUUUGUUGAAGUUGAAGCUCCGAACUGCACAGACAAUAUAACACAUGAACUUUCCGAUUGUUACCACUUAUAUGAUAAACGCAUAAAAUCAUCAUUGGAAACUGAUUGUGCAAAGAAUACUUUUACAUACAGUUACAAUGUGCCCCAUGUUUAUGGCAGUAGUGUCUUGAUUCGCCUCCAAUGCUUCAGUGGGAAUACUUCCAAAUCAAGCAGGAUUGUUUAUAGCAAUAAACCUUUACGUUUAACUAUUAGUCUUAACACUGUUGAUUUUCAAUGGAGAGGCCGCUGUAAAGUGCGUUUAUAUGCAGUCAGACAAUCAGUAGAAGAACCACUUCUGUUAAAAACACAUUUAUAUGAGAAACAAUGCACAGCUUCUGCUGAGAUUCCAUUUUGGGUUCUAGCAGUUAUACUUGUCCUAUUUUCUCUGCUUAUUUUAUUAGGAUUAACAUAUUUGAUCCUCAAGAGAUUACAGCCCCCCAAAAAGCUUCAAAAUAAAAAGUACAUUCCAAGCUGUACAGGAACAGGCACCUCUUGUUCACUGUUACAAAAAAAUAAUUAUUUGACUUCCAAUUUGUCACACAGUUCAGUAAUUUCUCAAAAAGUGAAAAAGAGGACACGUGUUGCUCUGCUGCAUUUUUACAAAGAGGAAGAUAUUUUAAACCUAGCUCAUAUUUUGCAAGGGAAAUAUGGCUUUGAUGUUGUACUUGAUCUAUGGGAGAACAAUUCAAUAUUCCCUAGCUACACUGACUGGAUAUUUAAUACAGUGUCAACAGUGGAUAAAAUUGUUGUGGUUUGGUCCGAGGAUGCCUCAACAGCCUGGAGAAGCAGGAAGUCGAUAAUAAAAAAACAGGAAGAGGAUUUUUUCCUGACAAUGUUAAGAGUUGUGCAAAAAAGAGCACUGCUAAAUCAAUCUUUAAACAUGUUUUUUAUUGUGUACUUUGAUCAGUGUCAAAUUCAGGAUAUACCAAGCUCAUUUUUACAACCCCCUUACAAUGUAUUUUACUUGAUGGAAGAGUUGCAAUUGUUGGUAUACAAGCUACACCCGCAUAGAUUAUCUGCUACAUAACAUUUAAAAUUGCAUUUGAUGGUCACACAAUAGAUAAAAGUGUUAGUAGUCAAGUUUUGUAGACAAAAUAGAUAGUUGCUGCUGGCAUGUUGCUAUACACUUGGUAUAGUGUGUUCACGUAUUAUAUUCAAGUCUCUCAUUUUAAUUUUGUUUACUUUAAUCGCUGCCAAUAAACCAAUAUAUUCAGCUUUAAAUUGAUCACACCUAUUAGAUAUUGGAACUGUUUAUUAAAAUACACUUACAAUGAAACAAAAA